UCAUUUCCCUUUGCUUCGUUCCAAUCAAAAUGGAAGCUCUUCUUGAACCACUUUUCGUAUUUAAACUAAACCCAGUUUUCACCUCAAAAAACCCAUACGUAAUGUUUCCUUCAAAGCCUCAACUCAUUCCCACUUGCUGUGCAGUGACUCCUUCGCCAUCUCCAUUACUCCCUCAAGAUCCCGACAAAAACUCACUUCAGCUUUCCCCUGAAAGGACCCGGGAUCGCCGGAAAGUCGUCCGCAUUGCUUGGGAGAAGCUUCUUAGAUGGUCUCGUUCUUGGCGCUCCAGGGCCAAAACUGAUGUUCUUGAACGAACUAAAAAGGUGGUGGUGCUAGGGGGAGGAUCUUUUGGGACUGCAAUGGCCGCACAUAUUGCUAAUAGGAAGGAUCAAAUGGAAGUUAGCAUUCUUGUCCGUGAUCCUGCAGUUUGCCGGUCCAUUAAUGAGAACCAUUGUAAUUAUAAAUACUUCCCUGACCACAAGCUACCAGAAAAUGUAAUUGCAACUUCUGAUGCCAGAACUGCUUUGCUCAGGGCAGAUUAUUGUCUUCAUGCUGUACCUGUGCAGUUUAGUACAUCGUUUCUCAAGGAAAUUGCAGAACAUGUUGAUCCUGGCUUGCCAUUUAUAUCCCUUAGCAAAGGCUUGGAACUCAAUACAUUGAGAAUGAUGUCUCAAAUCAUUCCUCAAGCAUUAAAGAACCCUCGGCAACCUUUUAUUGCACUAUCAGGGCCUUCAUUUGCAUUAGAAUUGAUGAAUAAAUUACCAACAGCAAUGGUGGUGGCAUCAAAAGACAGAAAAUUGGCUGGUGCUGUUCAGCAGCUAUUGUCUUGUAGUCAUUUAAGGAUCAGCACUUCAAGGGAUGUUACAGGGGUUGAAAUUGCCGGUGCCCUCAAGAAUGUACUUGCAAUAGCUGCUGGGAUUGUUGAAGGCAUGAAUCUCGGUAAUAAUUCCAUGGCAGCUCUUGUAGCACAAGGCUGUUCUGAGAUUCGAUGGCUAGCAACAAAGAUGGGCGCAAAGCCAGCAACAAUUACUGGUCUAUCUGGAACUGGAGACAUCAUGCUUACAUGUUUUGUAAAUCUUUCAAGAAAUAAAACAGUAGGAGUUCGUCUUGGAUCAGGGGAGAAGCUUGAAGAUAUACUUGGUUCCAUGAAUCAGGUAGCUGAAGGUGUGUCGACCGCUGGAGCUGUGAUUGCAUUGGCCCAAAAAUAUAAUGUUAAAAUGCCAGUCCUGACAGCAGUUGCUCAGAUUAUGGACAGCGAGCUGACCCCGAAGAAAGCUGUUCUUGAAUUAAUGAGCCUCCCACAGGUCGAAGAAGUUUGAAAACCUACUAUUUUGCCAGGGGAUGAAGCUCUACCAUUCGCAACUUGAUUGUCAUUUAACUGAGCCGUGAGCUGUGUUUGAUCAUUCCAAGAAAAAUAACAGGUGUUGAUGUCAUUUAAUCU